AUUUUACCAACUACAUAAAGAGUUUAUCCCCGUCAGCUCUCGAUAUGGAGCUACGGAUGCUGGAAAUCAUAGAUGAAGAAGAUAUUGAAGAGAUCAUCAAAAGACCGGAGUUUAUAUCGAUUGGGCAACUUCUGGAUUACUUCAUCAACGAGAUCUCUUGCAAAAACGACUUUGAGUUUAUGCAGGCGGUUGUGAAAUUAUUUCUCAAGAUACACGGUGAGACCAUAAGGUGCCACCCAAGUUUACAAGAAAAGGCAAAGGCGCUUUUAGAAACUCAGAGUUUGGUGUGGCAGAAAAUGGAUAAGCUUUUCCAGAGCACAAGAUGCAUAGUUACCUUCCUUAUCAAUUCACAGUUUUGAAGAUGCUCAUUAACAAACAUAUUGCUGUUUUUUUAUGUGGCGCUGUUUUUCACAAAAUAGCAGUUUUGAAGAAGCUUAUAAUAUAUUUAUUACCC